AUGGGUUCUGGGUUUUCUUCAUUUCUUGUUAUGUGCAACAUAGAAUCAUCAUCAUCUUCUCCGGUGACGGGGUCUCCGGAAACUUGUCUUGGUGAUUUGCCGGAAAGUGUUGUGGGCAAUCUUUUGGUGCACUUAACCCCACAAGAGAUCUGUAGACUUGCAGGUCUUAAUCGUGCAUUUCGUGGGGCUUCAUCUGCUGAUUUUGUUUGGGAAUCUAAAUUGCCUGAAAAUUAUAUGUCUAUUAUUUCAAAGGUGUUUAAUGAUGAUAAUAAUAAUAAUUAUUAUGAUGAUGAAAAUGAAUUGAAUAAUAAUAAUAAUAAAAGUUUGUGUAAAAAAGAUAUUUAUGCAAAGCUGUCCAGGCUUAAUUCUAUUGAUGGAGACACAAAGAAAGUUUGGCUACAUAAACGCACAGGAAAACCUUGUGUUUCUAUAUCUUAUACCGGCUUAUCAAUUACUGGCAUUGAUGAUCGUAGAUACUGGAGUCGUAUUUCCACCGAUGAAUCUAGAUUUCAUUCUGUGGCCUAUUUGCAACAAAUAUGGUGGUUUGAAGUAGACGGGGAGGUUGAGUUCCCUUUCCCGGUUGGAACCUAUAGCCUCUACUUCCAUUUACAACUAGGGAAGUCUGGAAGACGUUUUGGACGACGGGUCUGCAAUUCAGACCACAUUCAUGGAUGGGACAUUAAGCCAGUCAGAUUUCAGCUCUCAACUUCAGAUGGUCAACAAGCAAUAUCUCAAUGCUAUUUGACCUCGCCUGGGGUGUGGACUCUUUAUCGGGUUGGAAGUUUUGUGGUUGAGGACUCAAAAGUGCCGUUGAAAAUCAAGUUUUCGAUGAUGCAGAUCGAUUGUACACACACUAAAGGUGGGCUCUGUGUGGAUUCUGUGCUCAUAUGUCCAAAGUGAAAUGAGUUUUUUUUAUUUUUGUAGAUAUGUGAGAGGUUAGAAGCAAUGUUUUUGAUGUGCAAAUAACCUUUUGUGUAGAUAUAGAGGGUAUGUAAUGAAAUUGAUAAUUUUAAGUGUAUGAAGUAUCAGUAAAUUUUUGUAUAAA